AUUUGUGCCCGGCAUUUCGAAGCCCCGCGGCCGCGCGCGGAGCGGCAACGUUGGUGCUGCGCUGUGCGGUGCUGUGAAGGUUCCCCUGUAGCAGUUCUCAAAACACAGUCUCCAAACAGACAGUCGGUGCCGCAGUUCUUUGCGAGUCGAGAACAACACGUUUAGCUGUGAGCUCAGACUGCAGAGCGGCUCAGCGCUGCUGGGGGAUGUUUGGCCCGUGACACCUAUGAACGAAACACGUUUCUUAAGGACCUGUCCUCACUUCCCACUCUGUAAAUGGUGAAGUCAUUUACCAUUUUCAACCAGCUUGUCCGAGGAAGAGAAAGAGUUUUGUGUGUUUUCAGCUGUGUGGUUCCAUUAACUCAAUACAACUUUCUGCUUUGUGUUUGUCCUGCUGAGAGUUAAACCAGGUGAAUCGAUUCCUCUGUGUUAGAGACAGGAGUUCUUAACGAUUCAGUUUGUCUUUCAGCAAAGCGUUCAUUUUUCUCAGGCAGCUGAGCCCAUGGCUGCGCUGGGUGUAAAGCAGGCCUCCUAUUUUCACACAAUUAAAACACCCCGCGAAGCUCAGAUGGCUCAAGUGGAAAAAUGGUCUUCAGUUCUCUUCCCCUCAGGAGCAGAGCUAUGCUGAGAAUGUUCGAGCAGAUAAUAGCCACAUUCAAAGCUCCGCACCAGAUGUCUUCAAAAUCGUACUGCAAGAAACAUUAGUUAAAGCAUCAACAAACAUUUGUGACUGACGUAGCUACUUCAAAUAGGCUCGUGCCUCCGUCAGCACUGCUCAGACUGGAACAGGCUGAGAGAAAGCAGAAUCAGAAUGAAGCAGUUGCUUGUGUUUAUCUUCCUCCUGGCCCUCAUGACCGCCUUUACAGACACUUCACCAAUUUUGACUGAGAAAGAAGCCAAACAGAUUCUGAGAACUCGUCGUGAAGAGAGACAAAGAAAAGCUGGUUUCCCUGAUGAGCCAAUGAGGGAGCACAUGCUUUACCUCCAGCGCUUGGAGCAGAGAUCAGAAGAGCAGUUCCUGGAACACUGGUUGAAUCCACACUGCUUGCCACACUGCAACCGGGAUUUAGUCCAUCCCAUCUAAUGGUCUUGCCUACCCUCUGAUUGAUCUCUUCAUGGGUGUGGAAGAAGAUGCAUACUGUGACUGUGCUAAGGACAAGAUUAUUACUGCAUUGGCUAUGUGCUGAUUGUAGAGCUGAAUCUCUUUGCAAUAAUUAUAAUCCUUGUGCUAUGGCAAAACUUCCAAACGUAGGUAGCUAGCCAGCCAUAUUAUAGACCAAUAUACAUUUUCCACCUGUAAAGGAAAAAGUGACUGCAUGCAUGAAUAAAUAAAUAAAGGCUUUCCUCCAAGUUCUGAGCUACAGGCAAGAGUAAAUCACUAAUGAGUCUAGAGGAUGCUAACAGCACAGCUUUAGACUGUCUGAAGUAAAUGGAACUUAAAUGGACUUUGGAGGAAAUGUUAAUUAUAGCUUAAAUAACAUUAUAUGAAGACACAACAUUUAUGCAACACUGAUCUAUGUUCAAUCACUUGAUGAGCAUUUCGUGUUUCAUAAUAAAUGCUUAAUUCAA